CAUUCUCAUUUCGUAUUUUUCUUAUACGGGCACAAACGAAAGCUCUUACAGAUCAAGCAAGCAUUAAAAACUUCAAAGAAGCGAGUCCCAUGUCCCUCUCUCAAUAUCAAUGAAGGAGGAGAAGGAUGACAAAGAAAUCAUCAUUGCUGCCAAUUCUUCUUCAACAGUCAAGACGACGUGUCAUCUGGUCUGGAUGGAAGCUAGUGAUCAUCCUUUCCAUGGGGCUCUGUGUUUUUGCUCUUUUUAGACUUCAUUUAUCUUCUCCUCCUGAAACUUUACUUUCUCGUAGAAGAUCUUUUUCUCGCGAAGUUGUCUUCAGUGGCCCCCCUAAAAUCGCCUUUCUUUUUCUUGUUAGACGGGGCUUGCCUCUUGAUUUUCUCUGGGGGAGUUUCCUUGAGAAUGCUGACACGGGGAAUUUUUCGAUAUAUGUACACUCAGAGCCAGGGUUUGAGUUUGAUGAGUCAACAACAAGGUCACGUUUCUUUUAUGGUCGACAAUUGAAGAACAGUAUUCAGGUAAUAUGGGGAGAAUCAAGUAUGAUAGAAGCAGAAAGGUUACUACUUGAUGCCGCUUUGGAGGAUCCAGCGAAUCAAAGAUUUGUUCUUCUCUCUGACAGUUGUGUGCCUUUAUACAACUUUAGCUAUAUAUAUAGCUAUUUGAUGGCUUCUCCUAGGAGUUUUGUGGACAGCUUUCUUGAUGUGAAGGAAGGCCGCUACCACCCUAAGAUGUCACCUGUUAUACCAAAGGACAAAUGGCGAAAAGGGUCCCAGUGGAUAGCUUUAAUCCGGAGCCAUGCUGAAGUGAUUGUAGAUGAUGUUGUUAUCUUACCAGUCUUUAAGAAACUUUGCAAGCGUCGCCCGCCUCUUGAUGCCACUAAGGGAAAGCUGAAUAUUAAACUUCAGAAGCAGCACAACUGUAUUCCUGAUGAACACUACGUGCAGACAUUGCUUUCGAUGAGUGGACUGGAGGGUGAACUUGAAAGAAGGACCGUGACCUAUACUGUAUGGAAUCAAUCCGCAACAAAAAUGGAAAACAAAGGCUGGCAUCCUAAGACAUUUUCCUAUGCAAAUGCAAGCCCUCGGAAAAUCAAGGAAAUAAAGGGCAUCAACCAUAUAGACUAUGAGACCGAGUACCGAACAGAAUGGUGCCGGACUAACUCAACAUUCGUUCCUUGUUUUCUAUUUGCACGGAAGUUCUCACGAGGAGCUGCCAUGCGCCUAUUGAGUGAUGGUGUUGCUGGUCCAUUUGAUGCCUCUUCCUUAUUAGCCAGGUCCGCCCCUGAUUAGGAACAGUGAUAUUUCUCUCGGCACUCUUAGCCCUCAACCUACCCACUUCACAUACAGUUGCAGCAGCUACAGCACGCCCACGUAUAAACACAUGAUUUUAUACAGAGAUUAGAUAUCCAUACAAUAGUAGAAGAAUAUUAUCUGCUGCUGCUGAUUAAUUUUCAAGGAAAUGAGUUAGAAGUUUAACAUUUCAAGGUUUGAUCCUAUCAUUAAGGUCACUUAGCAUUCUGAUCUUUACAUGGUUUACAGAGGUGGGAAACUAAUCCCUGUCCUGUCUGCGCAGUGUUACUGUUGUAGAAAGAGAAUUUUGUUUCAUUACUUGAAUAAUUGACAUACUACUUUAUAAGAGAUUAUUUAACAAUGACUUGAAAUCACAUUUAUUUAUUUUUUCCAAUCU